AUCCCUGUCUUCGCAGAUAUAUCUCUUUCACUUUUUUCUUUAAUCCAAAAGGAAACAAAAAAUAAUAAUAAUAACAACUCCAACAAACACAAAAAAAGUGCUUACUCUUGUUGGCAUUGUUCGUAGGGUUUCGAAUGAGGUUUUCUCUCUGAUCUAGGGCUUACUUAAACCCUAACCGCCGAUUCCCGUAAACUAGCCGUUGCUCCGUCGAUUGCAAGCUCUUUUUGAACCUUCAUUCGGCGGCAAUCGGUUUGCCGGAGAUAGAUGGCAGCUGUGGAGCCGGAGAAGAAGGUGGAGGAGGAAGAGCAGGCUGUGAAGGGUGGAGAGCUCUUGUUCUGUGGGGCCACUGCUUGGGACGCAGUUGGUCGGCGCAAAGGUUUGGAAGGGAACUUAAUUUCUCCGACUCGGCUCCGCCCUCUUAUUGGCAUUAAUAUUUCUUUCGUUGCCUCUGGCUGCACUUCUUGUCACUGUGUGGCUUUGGAUGUUGAUGGACGUUGCUACACCUGGGGCCGCAAUGAGAAGGGGCAGCUUGGUCAUGGAGACAAAAUUCAGCGUGAUAGGCCCACUGUUGUUUCAGGACUCUCCAAGCAUAAAGUCAUUACAGCAGGGGCAGGAAGAAGCCACACUGUAGUGGUGACUGAAGAUGGUGACUCUCUUGCUUUUGGUUGGAACAAGCAUGGACAGCUGGGUACCGGUUCUGCUAAAAAUGAAGUUGAAUUAUCACCUGUCCGAUGUCAUGUGUCUGAUGUUAGUAACACUGCUUGUGGGGCUGACUUCACUGUGUGGUUGACUUCUGUUGAAGGAGCAUCUAUAGUAACUGCUGGUCUGCCACAAUAUGGUCAACUUGGUCAUGGAACAGAUAAUGAGUACAAUACAAAAGAUAGCUCAGUGAGGCUUGCAUAUGAAGCUCAACCCCGCCCCAGAGCUGUAGCUUCUCUUGCUGGAGAAACCAUAGUUAAAGUUGCAUGCGGAACAAAUCAUACAGUGGCAGUGGAUAAGAAUGGUUAUGUUUACACAUGGGGAUUUGGUGGUUAUGGGAGACUUGGCCAUAGAGAGCAGAAGGAUGAAUGGGUUCCCCGCCGUGUUGAUGUCUUCACUAGGCAUAAUGUUCUGCCUCCAGAUGCAGUCGUUUCUGCUGGUUCUGUCAACUCUGCAUGUACUGCUGGGGGAGGACAGCUUUACAUGUGGGGCAAGAUAAAGAACACGGGGGAUGACUGGAUGUAUCCUAAGCCUCUAAUGGAUUUAAGUGGCUGGCAUCUACGCUGUAUGGAUUCAGGUGGUAUGCACCAUUUUGUUGGUGCCGAUCGCUCGUGUAUAAGUUGGGGACAUGCACAAUCAGGGGAGCUGGGAUAUGGACCUGAGGGGCAGAAAUCUUCUGCAGUUCCCAAAAAGGUCGACAUUCUGGAGGGCAUGCAUGUUAUCAGUGUUGCAUCUGGAUUUGCCCACUCAAUGGUAGUAGUUGAUAGGACUAAUGUUGAUGAUCGACUUGAGCAGCUGGACGUGUAUGAUGGCAAAGCCUCUUUUGAAGCAAAUGAAGAACCACAGAAUAAUACACUGGCUCUGAAAAAAGCAAAAAAGGGUGCUGAAAAUUCCAAGAAAAGGAAAAAUUCAAAAGAUCUACCAGAGUCUGAAGAAGAUGGCGAAUCUAGUGACGAUGCUAGUGAUGAGGAUGAAGGAAAAUUGAAUGGGCAAGCUGAGAACAAAAGGAAGCAGAAUGCCAGAGGUCGAGGCAAGAGCAUUGGCAAAUCAUCGGGUGACAAGAAGGGCAGCGGGAGGGGCCGAGGGCGUCCCUCGUCUGCUAAGAAAAGUUCCGAGAGCACCCCAGCAAAGUCAGGGAAAAGGGGAAGACCCCAAAAAUCAUGAUCUACAGUUUUCUGCCGAUGGAGCAAUUUUGUUUUCCACCUGGGGUGGUGUACUAUGUCCUUGUUGGCUGCUGCAUCUGCAGUCUUUCGUAUCAUCUUUUUUUUUAUUAUUUUAAAUGUGCUUUUCCCCUUUGCAUUUUAUCAGGAUAUGAUUGUUUCUUUGGAAAUGGUCAUCUUGAAUUUGAUGACAAUAGCGUUUUAAGGAUGUGCCUUGUACCUUACAUUAUUACUUUCCAGGGAAAAAGAAGAAUUUUUCUUACUUCU